CAAUUUUUACACUUCAAUCUUGACAUCCUUUUACCCUCACACCCUCUAAGGACCGAAAUUCCAUCUCAACCACAACUAUGGACUCCAACCGCGCCCUCCCCAUCCUCGAUGCCGCCCAAAAACACUCCUACGGCAUCCCCGCAAUGUGCUGCUACAACACCGAAGGCAUCCUGGCCACGGUCCGGGCUGCCGAAGCCAAAUCCUCACCCGCCAUGAUCCUGCUUUUCCCCUGGGCAAUCCAAUACGCAAACUCCUGUCUUGUGCACCUCGCCGCCGAAGCUGCCCGCAAUGCCUCCGUCCCCGUAACCGUGCAUCUCGACCACGCGCAGAGCCCUGAAAUCGUGCGACGUGCUGCGGACAUGGGCGGUUUUGAUAGUAUUAUGAUUGAUAUGAGUCACUACGAGAAAGAAGAGAACUUGCGACUGACGACUGAGUUAACGCAAUAUUGCCAUGAAAGGGGGAUAGCGUGUGAGGCUGAACCUGGGCGUAUUGAGGGCGGGGAGGAUGGUGUUGGGGAUACCGAGGAUCUUGAAGGGCUCUUGACGACUCCCGAGGAAGCGCAGCGGUUCGUCGACUGCGGGAUUGAUUGGCUAGCACCCGCUUUCGGGAACGUUCAUGGGAAUUACGGACCCAGAGGCAUUCAGCUAGAAUAUGACCGUCUGCAGAGUAUCAAUGAGGCGGUAGGGGAUAAGGUCAGGUUGGUGUUGCAUGGUGCGGAUCCGUUCACGAAAGAGAUUUUUGGGAAGUGUAUUGGAUGUGGAGUUAGCAAGAUUAAUAUCAACAAAGUGUUGAACAACCCGUGUCAGAAGGUGUGGGCGGAGAAGGCGGGCAAAGCGGCUUUUACAAGCGUGAUUGAGGAGGCGACGUUGGAGAUGCAGAAGGCGGUGGAAAUGUGUUGUGAUAUGCUAGGGUCGACAGGGAAAGCUUACGUUGCAUAG